GAUAAAGGAGCCUUGCUUUUCUUGACUUUCCGUCCAUUUCAUUUCAUCGUCACUACCACCAUCCUUUUUAAACGGGACAACAUGGCUACUGCAGCGAGCCGUUACUACAGCGAAGACGGCAGGGCAACUAAACGACAGAAAACCGACGGAAUGGCCACGGGUUAUGAAGAUCCACACAAGACCCUUCCAUCUGUCGUGGUGCAUGUCCGGGGGCUUGUGGAUGGUGUUACAGAGGCUGACCUUGUGGAGGCCUUGCAAGAAUUUGGGGCAAUCAGCUAUGUUGUGGUGAUGCCUAAGAAGCGACAGGCCCUGGUCGAGUACGAGGACAUGAAUGGAUCAUCCACAGCUGUAACCUAUGCUGCAGACAACCAGGUUUACAUCGCCGGCCACCCAGCCUUCAUCAACUACUCCACUAGCCAGAAGAUAUCCAGGCCGGGAGACGCCGAUGACUCUAGAAGUGUUAACAAUGUUCUUCUGCUCACCAUCAUGAACCCCAUCUACCCCAUCACCACGGAUGUUCUCUACACCAUCUGCAACAACUGUGGGCCUGUCCAGAGAAUCGUCAUCUUCCGGAAGAACGGCGUCCAGGCCAUGGUUGAAUUCGACUCAGUGCAAAGUGCACAGCGGGCCAAAGCUUCACUCAACGGAGCCGAUAUUUACUCCGGCUGCUGCACGCUGAAGAUCGAAUAUGCCAAGCCCACUCGACUGAAUGUGUUCAAAAAUGACCAAGACACCUGGGACUACACUAACCCCAACCUGGGAGGCCCAGAUGGUGAUGCAGAUGGCAAUGGGAGCAAUCCAGAUGACAUUAAUGCAAACCCCAACAAGCGGCAGAGACAGCCUGCGUUGCUGGGCGACCAUCCUCCAGAGUACGGCGGUGGUUACCAUGGCUACGACGAGAGCUACGGAUCCCCGCCCUAUGAGGGUCGCCGCAUGGGUCCACCAAUGAGAGGGCGUGGAGGGAGGAACUACGGGCCCAACUACGGUCCCCCUCCCCCUCCUCCUGGGGAGUACGGGGGCCACGCUGAGUCCCCGGUAGUCAUGCUGUACGGCCUGGAGCCUGUCAAAAUGAACGCCGACCGGGUCUUCAACAUCUUCUGUCUCUAUGGCAACGUAGAGCGGGUGAAGUUCAUGAAGAGUAAGCCUGGCGCUGCCAUGGUGGAGAUGGGAGACUGCUAUGCAGUGGACCGUGCCAUCACUCACCUCAACAACAACUUCCUGUUUGGACAGAGGCUCAAUGUGUGUGUGUCCAAGCAGCAGGCCAUCGUCCCCGGUCAGUGCUAUGAGCUGGAGGACGGAUCGAGCAGUUUCAAAGACUUCCACGGCUCCAGGAACAACCGGUUCACCUCGCCGGAGCAGGCAGCCAAAAACCGCAUCCAGCACCCGAGCAACGUGCUGCACUUCUUCAACGCUCAGCCAGACGUCACACCCGAGAUCUUCACUCAGAUUUGUGAGGAGCUUGGUGUCAAGAAUCCCGUAAACGUGAAAAUGUUCACAGGAAAGAGUGGCGCAGCCCCCAGUGACCGCAGUGCUUCAGGGCUGCUAGAGUGGGAAUCCAUCAAUGAUGCCAUGGAGGCUCUGGCGUUGAUAAACCACUUCCAGAUGAAAAACGCAGGAUGCAGGAGUAACUCGGACGAGAGCAGCUUGUUGUGUGAUGGAAGAACCACUGAUAGACACUCUGGUCCUUACCCAUACACCCUGAAACUGUGUUUCUCCACCGUUCAGCACGCGAACUGAGAGCAGCUCGUAAAAUGAAGAUUGGUCCACCAUUCCCAUGUUCACAUGUCCUUAGACCAUGACUGCUUGCAACACUCGUAGAGAAAUUAGAUUUUCAAACACACAAAUUGUAAUUGAUCCCUAAAGUAAAACUCCUUUUUAUUUGGUAUAUUAAACAGCUCUAACAAAUGCUACCGUGCAUUGAAAAGUUUUGAUAUUUAUACUACUCGUGUUGUAGAGUGUUGGUACCUGCGUGUCUUCAAUAAUAUGUUGUCCUUUUUACUUUUUGUAUUAUGCUUAUACAGUGACAUAACAAGAAACAUAUUUGAAAGACUUGGUUUUAUUUUCAGUUGGUUCAGUGGCAGUAGAUAACAAGUUUUGUAAGAGUUGUCUUUUGAAACUUUUAUUAUUCACUUUUCUUGCUUUGUUCUGAUUUUACCUCUUCAGUUCUGUGUCUGAUAUGCAGAUGGGUAAUUGUUUUGUUCUAAGAAAAUAAAAAUAAAAACCAUUUCAGUUGCGUUAAUUCUGCCA